AUGUCCCGAAAUCGCCCACGACCCCGCGACAAUGGGCUUGGCAACAAUGAGGAGAUGGAGCUCUGGACCCGGAUCUGCCAGGACAUUCGGAAGUCCAAAGAGAAGUUCGACCAGCAAGCAUCGCUGUCGGUACAGAUCAAGACAUUAGUAGAGAAGAUCACUCGUGAGGGCAACAAACCUACGAUGACAGAACACGAUCAACUGGAUACAUGGCUACGGCAAAGCCAGAAGCUCAGCGAAGAAGAGCGCUCGAUCAUGCAGGACGAGCCUUGCGACGUGAUCAAGAACCUAGAGCUGCUGACUGCACUCCGCAAAGCAUCCGAAGCAGAGGCUCCGCCUAAUCGAUCAUCCGCCCUCUCCAAAUCCCGCAAGAAACGAAGCGAAAUCGAGAACUCGGCGACCGACUCACCGAGUGCUUCGGGUGUGGACAAAACCAGUCGCUCCAAGGGCGGGGUGCCUCGAAGCACAAGCGUGUCGAGCAAUCAGGCGCGCGAUGGGCGGGGUGAUGGGGUUACGGUGAAGAUUGAAGAAGGUUCCGAGGGAACUAAGGGCACUAUAGCUGAGCGCAGUGGUCUGCUUGUGGUUGGAGCCCUGGUUGUCUUCAAGCAUAACAAGAACAAACAAGGGGUAGAAGGUGAGGGAAUUCAGUGCAUCAUCAAGAAUAUCUCUGGGGAUGGGCAUAAGAAACGAUGGUACGAUGUCCAAGACCCGGAGCCUAAUGAAAACGGCGAGGAGGGCGCUGUCUUCAGGACUACCGCCUCAUCUCUCAUCCCUAUUCCCCAAGCUGGCGCACCAUUACCUUCGUUCGCCGUUGGUAAACAGGUCCUCGCGCGAUAUCCCGACACCACCACUUUCUAUCGAGCAGAGGUGAUGGGAUCCAAGAAAGACACCUACCGCCUCAAGUUUGAAGGCGAGGAAGAUGACAAAGAGAUGGAAACUGAGCGGCGUUUUGUCCUGGAUAUUCCUAACAAAUAG